CCUAUUUUUUGAUUCUUUUCAAAUGCUUCUUCGAGCGCGCAUAGGACGCAUCAACGGGCUUUGAGAUGCCUAUAAAUACGAGGAUGUCCCUUUUGACCCACUAAGAAUAUAUUAUGAUAGUAAAACACAUGCUGAAAUAGCAAAUUGUGAUAUUAUGACGAAGAAGUUGGUUCUUUCAAGGCCAUUGUCUUUAUCAGAACAUUUUCUUCGUAGUAGAACUGCAACAAGAUUUUAUAACAAUUUUCAAGUCACAGGAACAUAUAGUCAAAACAUAAGCUCGCAUUUGAUAUGGGUUUAUAUGGCAUUGAGGAAAUCAUUACUUGAUUAUCCUAUUCUCAUAUGCAAUAUUCAACGAGAAAAGGAUGAUUGUGUGUUUAGACCUAUUAACAGUGCGAAAUUAGGUGACAUUGUUGAACUAAGUGAUAUACAUGGAAAUAUUGAAAAUGGAGCUAUUAAUGAAAAAUUCAUGAAAUAUUUGAAUACAAUAUCUUUCGACCUUUAUCUGGAAACGCCAUUAUUUAAGUUGGUUAUAUUAGGUGAGCAUGUAAGUGCAGUUUUUGAACAUACAAUUACAGAUGGUUUGGUUGGACCAUAUUUCCAUGAAAUAUUCUUGAAGAAUUUAGAUUACGUAUCUAACGAAUCAAAUUGCACCGAAUAUGAAAUCUUAUAUGGAAAAAUUCCAACCCAAGUUAACUUGGAUUCAACUUUGUUCAACUUUGAAAAGGAUCAAUCCUUUUUCACUCAUUCAUUACCUCCUCCUAGUGAUAUUUUUGUUGAGGAUCCUGAACUCGAUUUUACCUACGGUGAUCCUGAUUAUCAUGAAAAGGCAAUACCUGAAGGGUAUGAAACAAAAUGGCCAGGAAGGUUUGAGCCAACUCAUGAUCAAUCAAUUGGUUAUAAAUUAGUUCAUUUUGAUCCAGACGAAGCUAAACAACUUGUAGAUAAAUGUCGUUCUCAAGGUACAACAUUAACUCCAUUUAUUCAGGUUGUUCAUGUAUUAACGAUGCAACCAAUCUAUGGAGAUAAACAUUAUACUUCACAUAGAAUGGCAAUUACGUUACGAAGACAUGCAAAACCUGAGAAUGUGCCCGAUUACUUCCAAGAUGCUUAUGCUGAACCUGGAUAUAAGUUACUUGGAGGAUGGGCGCAUGUAGGGCCUCGUGAAAAUUAUCCCCCUCUAUUUGAAUUUUCAUGGGAUAAAGUCAAAGAGAUUCAUAGAAAUUUAGUGGCUGAUACUAAUAAUACUAGACUCUAUAAUAUUUAUCAACCUUUUAAGAAUGUCUAUAGCAAGACUUCAAAUAAUGAUGAAUUUUUUCAAUUGCUGAUGCAAGCUAAGGCAGAUGCAACCAAACUUUCUAAUUUAGGAUUUAUUAAUUUCCCAGUAUAUAAAUCAACACCAGGCAUAGAUUGGACGGUUAACAAUUUAGUAUUUUCCCAAGAUGUUUCAGCACCAACAGCUGACUUUGUUUAUAAUAUAAUUUCUACUCCAUUAGGUGGAUUAAAUAUAGUGGUAAGUUUCCAAGAUCAUAGGAGUGAUGAUUUGAGUAAUGAAUCUUUAGAAGGCUUAGUUGCAAAAUUUAGACAUAAUUUGCUUUUUUAUUCGGAAAAAUAAUUAGACCCUAAGAAAACACUGAGUGUUUUUACGACAGAUCCGAUAAGCGAAAAAAGGAUCCCUUGCCACAAAACUUUAAUUUAGAUAAGUAAAACGCAAGCAUAUAUAUUUAUUUAAGCAUUUAUAAAUGUAACCAUUAUUAACUAAUAUAAAUAAACUAUAAUGA